AUGGACGAAGAACGGACACGGAAGUCGGAAGAGCAGCCCCAACCACGGAUACAAGGUCAAGAGGCAGAGACGCCAUCACACCACGAACGAACCGCAGACCUGGCCGACUCGUCUCACUCUGACGACCGGCAAGACGCCAUUAUGCAGUCGCCUAUACCGACCAGGCCUAAGCUUCCGAGCCGGAAAAGUAGCGGGACAAUUAUUAUUUCGAGAGACUCGGAAGAAGCUCUCCAUCCCGUUGAUUCAAGGACGGAUUACGAAGAUGUGACAGCUAUGAGUCCACGGCGAACUAGCCAGGAUCUAGAAGAGAUGGGUCGCCAGACACGAGAUGAAGUCCGAAAACAUGCCAAGAUGCUGCAGGACUCCCUCCUCCUAAUCUUCCACAGAAUCCAGGCCGUCAAAGAAGAACAUGACAAACUGGACAGCAACAACAAGUUUCUGCAGAAGUACAUUGGUGAUCUCAUGAGCACGAGCAAGAUCACAGCUUCCGGUAGCAGCCGGGCGAAGAAGUGA